UCUGAGUUGUCAUAUUGAUGUAGCAGAAGAUUCUUUCCGAUAAAAGCACUUGCUCGUUCUCGUAUAGCCACGAUAGAGGAAAUAUAAUAUAAUUGGUUAUAAAUCCGUCAAUUUGAUACCGAUCGGGGGUUGACAACCAAGCGCUAUCACUCCAGCUUCCCUGUCGCCCGCAAUGCGUUGGUUCGGAAGUCAGCGGUCUUUGGUCGUAAGUGGCUUGGUUGUGAUUGUCUUGUCUACAAUAGCAGUCGCCCGGCGCCAUCACCUGGAAGUUCGGAACGAUUACCGGCGGUAUAUCCUACUUAGCACAUUUGGAUUCUACGCUGGUGGAGUAUUAAAUGUUCAGGUAUCUAAUUUCCGCGUUGGUGAUGGUAUGGAAAACAAUUUGUUUGGGCUGUCGCUGGACAAAACCAUGUCCGAUGCAAUGAACCCAUACCUUGACGCACAUCAAGACAAAUGUAUCCUUACGGAACCAGUGACUGCACAGAGCAAUGGACCAAUCGUAUUUUUCAAGAUGGACCUGAAACAAAAUGUUGUUAAUGUGAGUUGCUCAAAUGACUGGCAAAACAUACACCUUUACAAAGACAGCAGCGGAGUGCCAGCUUUACGAUCAAAACGCCAAUCUCUUGUAUCUAUGAGCGAUGCAAAGUUUGUCUACAUGCAGCGACGGCGACGGCGAAGUCAACCAAACGAUAAUUUAGACCAAGACAUGGUUUCUGGCAAGAGUGCGGCAAAAAUUUGCAGUAAACUAACGCUUUCACUCGAUGUUAAGGAAGGUGAAGAUACGUUUAAGUAUUACAGUUUUAAGUUUGCUAUUUACGUGGCUACUAAGCAAGAAGAAGGACUGUAUAACUUAUACUUCCACAGUUGCCCAAACUACGCACCCAGCACACUAUAUGAAUUAAACUUCAACGUAGACAUCGAGGAACGUAACAGUGGCAACUACUUAUCGGCGGGUGAAAUGCCGCUCCCGGCGCUUUAUUUUAUGAUGGCUGUCCUAUUCUUCCUGUCCGGUCUAUUUUGGGUGUUUAUUCUACGUAAAAGUAAACAACCUGUUUUCAAGAUACACUACCUCAUGGGUGUGUUGGUGUUCCUGAAAUCCUUAUCACUGCUAUUCCACUCUAUUAACUAUCACUACAUUGAGGUACAAGGUGAACACGUAGAAGCUUGGGCAAUACUCUUCUACAUCACUUAUUUGCUCAAGGGUGCGGUACUGAUUAUCACUAUAGUGCUAAUUGGAACUGGCUGGACUUUCAUCAAGCACAUACUGGCUGAUAAGGACAAAAAGCUGUUCAUGAUCAUUAUACCACUGCAGGUGCUUGCUAAUGUUGCUGAGAUUAUCAUGGCCGAAAGCGAUGAGGGUGACAAAGAGUACGGGACAUGGAGUGAUAUUUUUGUCCUGGUUGAUCUGUUAUGCUGCGGUGCGAUCCUUUUCCCAGUCGUGUGGUCCAUUCGCCACCUCCAGGAGGCCGCAGGAACCGAUGGCAAGGCCGCCAUCAAUCUUCGAAAAUUAAAGCUAUUCCGCCAGUUUUAUAUAAUGAUUGUUUGUUAUAUCUAUUUCACGCGGAUCAUCGUUAUUCUCUUGAAGAUCACAGUUGCCUUCCAAUAUGCUUGGCUGGACGAGAUGUUCAAGGAGAUGGCCACCUACGUGUUCUUUGUUCUGACGGGUUACAAAUUUCGUCCCGUUUCUCAACAUCCUUACUUUUCCGUGCACGGUGGCGACGAUUUCGAUGAUGAAGACGAUCACGACGACGAUGCAGUUGAAAUUCUAACACAUUCCGGUUUAAGCGAAGGAAUUGGCAAGGUAACAAAUCGUUCGCAGCCACUUUCGGUUUCAGUAACGACCGCAACGUUAGUCGAUUCUCACGUUGAUGCCGAGGAACGCGAAAAUUUGAUAAGCAAAAGAGAAUCAUCACACGAGUACGAUUAAGAUGAGUUUGGUUAAGAGAGAAAUUAUUACUGUGAAUGUCUUGCCCUAGCUAAUUUUCCGUUUCGUAUUUGUUUUGAGUUUUCAACGACGGAAGUCAGGUCAGUAGUAAAAGUAACGUUCAGGGUAAGACUGAGCCACUGAACAAGGCCAAAAAUGAAAGAUGCCUGAACCGGAUGUUUGAACAAAACUUUAGUUUGGUUAUACCGAAAUUAGUUUGAAUGUUUUGUUUUUCCAGACAUCUUCAUCUCACCCAUCACACUCGCUUUCUUUUUUCAAUCUCCGCUCAGCGAAUCAGAAUUUUCUUUUUUUUGUCUAAACAGAGGGUAGGUCGGCAUCGCCAAUACAUCUGGGGGCCGCACGAGGAAUAAGAGUGAAUAUUAAUAAUAGGAAUGAGACAAGUGGAGUAGAAUAUUUUAUUUUCGGAAUUUAAAGGGAUAGUGCGUUGGCAUUUUCAUGUGGCAGGAACAAGGGUGGUUUCAAACGUUAAGAGACAACAUGAAUGAAAAUAUGGAGUAGAACAGUGAACCUGAAACGAGAGCACCAAAUAGUAAAUAUGAAACGUGGUCGACAGACCAACGAUCAUACAUUAUACCCAUCUAUUAAACAUCUUCUUGGAAUAAAAAUGUUCGCUGUUAGACAAAAAUCUUCGAUUAGAUAGACGUGUCGCCUUCCAACCCAUGUGAUGCAAAUCGAUGAAAUAUAACAAGCGAUACAGUAUAUCAAUAAAAGUUAGAUACAAUCAUCUUCCACAGAACGAACAUGCUACUUAUUUCAAAAUUCAUAGUCUAUAAUAAUCAAACGUAGAUUGAGAAUUUUUACCUUCCACAUAUAUUUAUGU